AUGACUUCUGAUGCAAGCAUUUCAGCAAACGUUUCAAAUUUGAAAACAGAUGGUUUAAAAAAUUUACCUGAAAAUUUUAUUAAGAUGUCUAAUUUAGAUACGCGUCAAGUUCCUGUUCUUGAACCUAAACAGCGGUUCAUUAUUAAUAAGAUUAUAUUGUAUAAUUUUAAAUCUUAUUGUGGUAAAAUAGAAAUCGGACCACUUCAUAAGUCAUUUUCCGCGAUUGUCGGACCAAAUGGCUCUGGAAAAUCCAAUGUCAUAGACGCGCUUUUAUUUGUAUUUGGAUAUCGUGCAAAUAAAAUGAGACAAGGAAGAUUAGCGGAACUUAUUCAUUCAUCACAAGGAUGUGAAAACCUUGAUUCUUGUAAUGUGGAUGUGCAUUUUGAAGAAAUCCUUGAUACGCAUGAUUCAGAUGAUUAUGAGGUUGUGCCUCAAUCUCAAUUAGUUAUCUCGCGUCAAGCUUUUCGCAAUAAUGCAAGCAAGUAUUUCAUUAAUGGACGUCAAAGCAAUUACACUGAAGUUACAAGUCUUUUGAAAGAAAAAAAGGUCGAUUUGGAUCAUAAACGUUUUCUAAUUUUGCAGGGAGAAAUUGAAUCAAUAGCUCAGAUGAAACCCAAAGCACCAAAUAAGCAUGAAGAUGGGCUCUUAGAAUUUCUUGAAGACAUUAUCGGAACUUCUAAAUAUAAAAUCCCACUUGAAGAAGCAAACGAAAAGCUUGAAUUAUUGGAUGAAGAACGUUCAGAUAAAUUAAAUCGCGUUAAUCUAGUUGAAAAGGAGAAACAAAGUUUAGAG